CACAGAUCUACAAAAACAAAGCCCACUAACAACCCGCUGAACGCAAAAACGACGUCGUAAUAAGCAGCUUGAAGCCUCGAAAAGCCCUAAAUUUUCUAAAACCCUGAUAGCUUCCAAAACCCUUCUUCUCCAAAUCGCCACUGUCAAUCUAUCUCUCACUCUACUACUGCUAAAAAUGGCGUCUGUAGCGGUCAGAAAUUCUAAGGCGAGGCGGGUCUUCACGCUGUCGGCGCGAAUUUGCUCGCCAUGCUGCCGAGGACCCGCCGUCUCCGCCGUUGAAUCGCCGAUCGAUUCGGUUCAGGCUCCGAACCCUUGGUGGAGAUCCAUGGCUACCUUCACUCGCACAAAACCUCAUGUGAAUGUGGGAACAAUUGGACAUGUUGAUCAUGGAAAGACCACCCUAACUGCAGCAAUCACCAAGGUCUUAGCAGAAGAAGGUAAGGCAAAAGCUGUUGCCUUUGAUGAAAUUGAUAAAGCACCCGAGGAGAAAAAGAGAGGGAUUACAAUUGCCACAGCACAUGUAGAAUAUGAAACUGCCAAAAGGCAUUAUGCACACGUAGAUUGCCCUGGGCAUGCUGAUUAUGUUAAGCUCCUUGUUUAUUGUAUGGUCGUCAAGGUGAUUAGUCAGAGUUAUUUCAAGGAAAGUACUAGGUUAUUGAACAUGAUUACUGGAGCUGCUCAAAUGGAUGGGGGUAUUCUUGUAGUAUCUGCCCCAGAUGGGCCAAUGCCACAAACUAAAGAACACAUUCUACUUGCUCGCCAGGUCGGUGUGCCCUCACUCGUGUGUUUCCUUAAUAAAGUUGAUGCUGUUGAUGACCCAGAGCUGCUGGAACUUGUUGAAAUGGAGCUGCGUGAAUUGCUUAGCUUUUAUAAGUUCCCUGGAGAUGACAUUCCCAUUGUCAGAGGAUCAGCUUUGUCUGCUUUGGAGGGUUCAAACGAAGAAAUUGGAAAGAAGGCUAUCUUGAAGCUAAUGGAAGCUGUAGAUUCAUACAUUCCUGAUCCCGUACGUCAACUUGAUAAACCUUUUUUGAUGCCAGUUGAAGAUGUUUUCACCAUUCAGGGACGUGGAACGGUUGCAACGGGUCGCGUGGAGCAGGGCAUAAUCAAACCAGGGGAAGAAGUUGAAAUUUUGGGACUGUCACCGAACAAACUUAAAACCACAGUAACUGGUGUUGAGAUGUUCAAGAAAACUUUGGAUUUUGGCCAGGCUGGGGACAAUGUGGGUCUUCUUCUACGAGGCUUGAAACGUGAUGAGAUCCAACGAGGAAUGGUAAUUGCAAAAACUGGUACUCUUAAAACAUACACAAAAUUCGAGGCUGAGAUAUAUGUCCUCACAAAAGAGGAAGGUGGUCGCCACACGGCCUUCUUCUCAAAUUAUAGACCUCAAUUUUACAUGAGGACUGCUGAUGUCACUGGUAAAGUCGAGUUGCCUGAAAACGUGAAGAUGGUUAUGCCCGGGGACAAUGUAACUGCAGUUUUCGAUCUUAUCUAUCCUGUUCCUCUCGAAGCAGGACAAAGAUUUGCCCUGAGGGAGGGUGGUCGAACUGUUGGUGCUGGAGUUGUUUCCAAAGUCAUUAGUCAUUUUGUCUUGUUUGUUCUAAUGUCACUGCCGGGAAAUAUGUUGAGCACGGUGAACUCUCGUUUGUCUAUAAGAUUUGCAGGCAUUCAGUCGAGGCCGCGUACGCCGCUAAUGGUGGGGAUGGGUAGGGUUUACCAGGAGACGGCGAGGCCCUCUUCUUCCUCUGCGUCGCCGUCCUCGCCAGCCGUGACGACCUCAACGUCGGUAACGGAAACUGUCAAUGGCUCCCACGAGUUCAAGAUAACGGGGUAUUCUUUGGCUAAGGGAAUUGGUAUCGGGAAGUAUAUGGCUUCUGAUACAUUCAUGGUUGGUGGGUACACGUGGGCGAUUUAUUUCUACCCCGAUGGGAAGAGCGUGGAGGAUAAUGCUACGUAUGUUUCGCUUUUCAUUGCUUUAGCUAGCGAGGGCACGGAUGUUAGGGCGCUGUUUGAGCUUACCCUGUUGGAUCAAAGUGGAAGGGAGAGGCACAAGGUUCAUAGCCAUUUCGGUAGAGCAUUGGAGAGCGGGCCCUACACUCUUAAAUACCGAGGCAGCAUGUGGGGUUACAAGCGUUUCUUCAAAAGAUCUGCCCUGGAAACAUCUGACUACCUCAAAGAUGAUUGCCUUCAAGUUCGUUGCUGUGUUGGUGUAGUUAGGUCUCACACAGAGGGACCUAAGACCUACUCAAUACCAGUGCCUCCUUCAGAUAUUAGUCAGCAUUUUGGGCAACUGCUGGAAAGUGGAAAAGGCACUGAUGUAAAUUUUGAAGUUGAUGGAGAAAUGUUUUCUGCUCACAAGUUGGUUCUUGCUGCUCGUUCGCCAGUAUUUAGAGCUCAAUUAUAUGGUCCAAUGAAGGAUCAAAAUACACAGUGUAUAAAGAUUGAAGAUGUGGAGCCACCUGUUUUUAAGGCUUUACUUCAUUUUAUUUACUGGGAUGCUCUACCCGAUUUUGAGGAACUUACUGGAAUGAAUUCAAAGUGGGCCUCCACCCUAGUGUCACAGCAUCUACUUGCCGCAGCUGAUCGAUAUGGUUUAGAUAGGCUCAGAUUACUGUGUGAGGCUAACCUUUGUGAAGAAGUUGCCAUCAAUACUGUUGCAACAACACUAGCACUUGCAGAACAGCACCAUUGUUUCCAGCUGAAAUCUGUCUGUCUCAAGUUUGUUGCCCUUCCCGAAAAUCUCAGAGCUGUUAUGCAAACGGAUGGUUUCGAGUACCUGAAAGAAAGCUGCCCGCAUGUGCUGACCGAGUUAUUAGAGUACGUUGCUAGGAUCAACGAGCACUCGAUUGUCGGCAAGCAAGGAAUUGAAGGAGUAAUGGAUGGAGAUUUUCAGAAUUUAGCAUAUCUGACUGCGCUUGGUCUGCUGACCAGUUCGAACAAUCCACAUGGACGAAUUCCAGCUCCAAGUCAAUUUGGGUUGGAAAACGCAGAAUUCAUGAAAUAUUUGUACUCAUCCACACGGACAGAAGCGGUGCAUAAGAGAAUUACAAACUGGAAGAACCGAUUCUUAUCGACUGCCGGCAAGGAAAUUCUAGUGAAGUCAGUACUGUCAGCCAUACCCAAUCAUGCCAUGUCAUGCUUUCUCCUCCCUAAAAAGCUACACUCAAAGCUGGCUCAGUCUAUUGCCGGACACUGGUGGCAAAAGAACCCCAGCAAGCACAAGUCUAUUCACUGGAAAGCAUGGAAACACUUAACUACGCCAAAAGAGUGGGGAGGACUAGGGUUCCUUGAUCUCCAGUUAAUGAAUCAAUCUAUGAUCACUAAGCAACUUUGGAAGCUGGCUACUAAUCCCCUCUCUCUGGUCAGCAGGACUCUCAAAGCAAAAUACUACCCUUCAUGUGAUAUAUUCUCAGCUAAAAGAUCAACAACCGGCUCCUGGUUAUGUAAUAAUUGGAUGGAGGUGUUAGAGAAUUUUCAGAAGGGAGCCAGAUUCCAAAUAAGAAGUGGGGCCUCUGUUCGAAUAUGGGAUCACCCUUGGAUCCCGGAACUUCCCAAAUUCAAGCCUUGCAAACCUGCUGAUGGACUGUCUACACUGACUUGGGUGAAGGAACUUAUAGAUGCAUCAGGGCUUAUGUGGAACCAAGAACUUGUCAAAUCUCAAUUUUCUGUUAGAGAAGCUGAGGCUAUAUUGAGGAUCACAGGACUUAAUCCCUCUGAAUCAGACUAUAUCAUAUGGGAUGGUGGUUCAAAAGAUAAAUUCACAAUGGCUGAUUCCUAUACUAAGCUUCUUAAGGACAAAAGGCUCAGAUUGGACAUUCCUGAGAGCAGCAAAUGUUCUCUCUUCAAGUCAGUAAGGCAAAGAAGUUGGAGGCUGAGGAUUAAGAUAAAGAUUAAACAUUUUCUUUGGAGCUGCUACAAUAAAAUUUUGCCAGUCUGUAGUAACCUUGAGAAAAGGAGCAUCCUACUAGACACUACUUGCAAAAGUUGUGGUGAAGCCGUGGAGACCCAAGAAAACACUUAUUUUUCCACUGUCCUAGAGCCAAAAUCAUCUGGAAACUCUCCCCUGUGCAUUGGGAUGGGCUGGACAAUCUCACUUAUUGCUUCAAAUCCUAGUGGGCUGUUCUUCUCGUACUUCAAGGAUUUGGUGGGGAGAGAAGUUACGGUGGAAUUGAAGAACGAUUUGGCUAUCAGAGGAACCCUUCACUCCGUUGAUCAAUAUCUCAAUAUUAAGUUGGAGAAUACGAGGGUUGUUGAUCAAGACAAGUACCCCCACAUGCUUUCUGUGCGUAACUGCUUCAUAAGAGGUUCGGUCGUCAGGUAUGUCCAAUUGCCACCCGAGGGAGUUGAUGUCGAGCUCCUUCACGAUGCCACUAGAAGAGAAGCUCGUGGAGGCUAGUUUGUUCUUUUUUGGCUCUUCAUGCCUGUAUUUUAAUGAAUCCAAAAAAGUCGUGAUUUUUAUUUGGUUGGCAAUUUGGAGGCGUUCCUCGUAUUUCUGUACCAUUCGAGGGAGAUUGCU